AGACGUCAUUGAAGUUUGUUCACAGGAUAACAGAUAAAAUGUUUAAACACUAUGGGCUAAACUUUUGAAUGUUUCCUCUGAAAAUGUUAUUGACAGUGGUACUGAAAUCUGGAUUCUAAAAUGUUCAAGAAGAACCAAAUUCCUAUUAGAAUCUAAGUUAGUGGUUUCUUUUUCUUUAUUAGACGCUCUUCCUUCCGUCCAGAACCAGAUCCUUAUUGUCAAGCUAAAUACACAUUCUGUCCAACUGGCUCACCUAUCCCAGUUAUGAAAGGUGAUGAUGUCAUUGAAGUCUUUCGGUUACAAGCCCCAGUAUGGGAAUUUAAAUAUGGGAACCUCCUGGGACACUUGAAAAUUAUGCAUGAUGCCAUUGGAUUCAAGAGUACUUUAACUGGCAAGAACUACACAAUGGAAUGGUAUGAACUUUUCCAACUUGGAAACUGUACAUUUCCCCAUCUCCGACCUGAAAUGAAUGCCCCUUUCUGGUGUAAUCAAGGAGCUGCCUGCUUUUUUGAAGGAAUUGAUGAUAGGCACUGGAGGGAAAACGGGACGUUAGUUCUAGUAGCAACCAUAUCAGGAAACACAUUUAACGAAAUGGCCAAGUGGGUAAAGCGGGACAAUGAAACAGGGAUUUAUUACGAGACAUGGACUGUCCAAGCCAGCCCAGAAAGAGGGGCGGAGACAUGGUUUGAAUCCUACGACUGUUCUAAAUUCGUGUUACGGACAUAUAAGAAGUUGGCUGAACUUGGAGCAGAGUUCAAGAAGAUAGAAACCAACUAUACGAGAAUAUUUCUUUACAGUGGAGAACCUACCUAUUUGGGAAAUGAAACAUCUGUUUUUGGGCCAACAGGAAAUAAGACUCUUGCUUUAGCCAUAAAAAAAUUUUAUUACCCCUUCAAACCACAUUGGUCAACUAAGGAAUUUCUCUUCAGUAUCUUGCAAAUUUUUGAUGCAGUGAUUAUACACAGAGAGUUCUAUUUGUUUUAUAAUUUUGAAUAUUGGUUUUUACCUAUGAAAUUCCCUUUUAUUAAAAUAACUUAUGAAGAAAUCCCUUUACCUAACAGAAACAAAACACUCUCUGGUUUAUAAUAUUUUAGUUCUACUGCUCUUUUUUCCUUUUAUCACCAGCAUAUGUUUUUCACGGGGUGACUUUACAUUUGUGGAUUUCUUAGGCCUUUCUACCUUGGAGCAGAAAUACACCUGGGCAGAAUUGCCACGUACCAUCUCAGGACUAUUUUUGGAGAGAAGCUGAAACUUACUGCACUGGUCAAAGUGAGCACAUUAGGUGAUCUUGGUUUCAAACUCCAAGCCUUUCUUAAUAUGAAUUACAGUUCAUAUCAGAUAUAUAGGAUCUUUGGACCCCAUUUUUUUUUUUAAUUGUGGAUAUGGUGUACCAAGAUUUUUUUAAUACCCUCAGUGACAUUUUCAUGAUGGGAGGUAUUUUUUUCUGGUAUAGUAGUUAUGCAUUUUCAUUUAAGUACUUUUUGGUGGUUUAGACGGACUUUACAGCUUUUGUAACUUUUGGGACCAGGCCUAGUAUGAUUUUGUUCUGUUCACUUAAAGACCAAUCUGGACACCGUAGCUGCAGCUACUCGUGCUUCUGGAUGAGGUAAAAACAGUGUUAAAGAGCACAAGUUUCUAGCUAGCAUUUUAGAAUUAGCCAGUAACUGGCAUUUUGUGAUUUAGGCAGCUUAGCAUCUCUGAACCUUAGUGUCCUUAUGUCUAAGAUGAUACAUCUGUCAGGAUUGUUGUAAAGACUGAAGCCAUGUAUGUUUGUCAUAGGAAAGUUACAGUAAAUGGUCGCUAUAAUGAUGAGUCAAAGAACAAAGUGCCAUCCUCGACCUGGUCUAAUGUAGUUUAAAUGCCAACCUUUCCUGGGGUUUAUAGUAAUUCCCUAGACUUUGAGCUGACAGUUGAAUGCUUCUGCAAUUCUUCAAACACAGGGGACACAGGAGUAUGACUGCAGGUGCAUCUGGGUGAACAGGCACCCUCAGACUCCUCUACUCUUCUUGUGUGCCUUCCACCCAGUAGAGAUGCCCACACAGAAGAGGGUACACUUCUCAGAUGGGACAGGUUUUUGUCAAGGAUCUCCAAGUAGCUGUGCUUCCAUUUAGGGCCAUCAAACAAGGUUUCAAGGUCCUUUAAAUGUUUGAUGAUCAACUGAACACUGUCUAUUCAUGGAAAAAACACCAGUCAGUAAGAUGAUGAAGCAGAGACAAUCUGUUAAAUAUGUAAACUAUGUUAUUCAGUUUCUACUAACAUUUGAGUGCCUCCUGAGAGGUUAGUUAGGUUAUCAUUGAGUUCUCCUACAAAGCCCAAACAUAGGUAUUAUUUACCUGACCCAAAUGAGUAAACUGGGGCUUAGGUUAAAUGACCUUUCCCUGGCUACCCAGCUAAUGGUAACCGAGCCACAUUUUGAACCAGUUCUGUUGACUGCAUGGCAAACAAUAUCAAGCGAGGUUUCACCGUUACUCAAAAUGUAGUCCUCAGACCAGUGCCCACACCACAGGUUACCAACACCGUAGGUUACUGGUCAAGUACAGAUACGGAUAGGAAACAUUCAGAAACUUCUUUUAAAGCAACUUAUUGGAGUAAUUUUGUUUCUCUUGAAUCUAAUAAAAAAAAAUUGCUUGUA